AUGGGGAAGUCUUCAGAACAGAAGAGUUUUGGGGUUUCCAGUAGAAAAAAUGGCCUGGAUGGCAAAGAAGAGAUAAAGGAUGAUGGAGUCUCUAGCUGCUUCCACCCGACUCCGAUCCCAGAUUCCUUUCACCUCGCAGGUGCUUCCAGCAGUCUGAGCUACACCAUGCCCUCUCGAGCUCUCACACACAGGCCCUACUUUUCCUUAGAUGUCAAGACGAAGUCGGCAGAGGGUCUGCUGUUCUACAUUCCCGCCGAACAGGAAAAGUACCACUUGGCUCUUUAUGUGUCCAAGGGAAGAAUCCGCUUGUCAGUUGGCCGUCAGAGGGAAAUCUUUAACAGGGAGAAGUACAACGAUGGAAAGUGGCACACGGUAACACUGAGUCUGGAGAAGCGCAGGUUUCGCCUGGUUAUUGAUGGUCUGAGGGCCCAGGACGGUGUGCUGAAUCCAGGAGAGAGCUCGUCCAUCCAGCUGAGUACAGCUGUGCACCUGGGCAGCCCUCCACCACACACGCAUGCUGAUCUGAAGUGGAAGAGUUUGCCCGUGCACGGCGUGGUCGGGUGUGUCCGCAAUUUCAGGAUGAACGGCUCGGCGAUGGCGGCACCAGCAGUGAAUUGUGGUGUAGGUCUGUGCUUUGAGGGGCAGAUGGAAAGCGGGGCGUACUUCUCAGGGAAGGGAGCUCACAUCAUUAUUGAUGAGUCGUUUAUGGUGACCAGGAAAUUCGAGCUCGUGUUCGAGUUGCGUCCCAGUAAUCAGAGCGGCCUCCUACUGCACACGGGAAACUCUGACCAUCAUCUCACCGUGUUCAUGAGGAAAGGAGAGGUGGUGGCUCAGGUGAAUAACGGCGGCGGGGGAUUCAAUGUGUCCGUUCAGCCAAAGCAGUCCCUCUGUGAUGGUGUGUUCCACAGAAUAGCGGUAAUCCAGCGGAACAAUGUGGUAGAGAUGCACGUGGACACAGAGGGCAGGUAUACGAUCGGCCCGAGCUCGUCUUCCCCCACCAAGGACAGAUUUCCUGUUUAUGUGGGUGGAGUUCCAGAUCGUCGAAGGUUCUCAUUCCUCCCGGUUACCGAAUCCUAUGUUGGGUGUCUCCAAAACAUGGUCUUUAACAGGGACGUGGUGGUGUUUGACAAGCUCGCGGCGGUAUUCGGACCUGUAAACGUGCGAGAGUGUCCAGCUAACUUGACAGCGCCUUCUCCACAGUGAAGACAUUUCCACAGCUGUAGGAUUAGAAGAGUAAGCCCGGAAAUCAUGAGAAAUUAUAGCGUAAUACGUUUCCCAACUCCGUCCUGUAGUCCACUGUCUGAUAGCUUCGUCUUUCAUCGCCGUUAGAUACAAAAGUCACAUAAUUGCCAUAUAUUGAAAUAAAUGUGGACAGAGGUGAAGCAAAAACAAAAACACGAUCUCCAUGGAGCUUUCAAUUGGGUGAAUGUACUUAUUGACCUGAAGUGUAAUACUGCCUAUUUAUUUACUAGCUGGUCUCGUUUGCACACUAUUUAUACUGUACACACAAUAUUUAAGUCUUUUAUGAUAGCGGAAGUGAAACGUGAGGUGUCGUACUGUAACUUUGACCAUUGUGGGUAAUGUUUACCACCUGAUUUACAUUUCUACAAGCUGUAUUAUAUUUGGUGUAAAGACUUAUUAGGUAAGAUAAUGGACCAUUUUUUUUUUUUUUUGUAAUAUUGUUGGUGGUGCUUGAAACGUGUGAAGAAAUUAAAGUAACUUUUCUCACACA